AGAAGAAGAAUGCUGUGCGUCAAUUCUGUCCGAUAAUUUUUUUUCCUCCUGUGUAACUACACAUUAUAGCAUAGUUAUUCCUUAAGACUUUAUUAUUAUUUUUUACACAGAAGAGUGUACAUUACAACAAACAGACACUUUAUAAACAUCUACUGUUGUAAAUACGCUAACGGAUACCAUGGACGAAUUGCAUCAGUUGAAGAUUGGGUUUAUUGGUGCAGGAAACAUGGCUUUUGGUAUAGCCCAGGGGAUCCUUAAAUCAGACGAAGUUGUCCCCUCUAACGUGAUAGUCAGUGCUCCAUCCAAAAACAAUUUUCCUCGUUUCCAGGUCAUGGGAGUUGCAGUCACACACUCAAAUGAGGAAGUGGUUCAGCGCUCACGUCUGGUCUUCCUUGCAGUCAAACCACACUUCGUCUCCACAGUCCUUAAUAGUGUCUCAAAGCAUGUCACCCCACAACACAUCCUUGUCUCCAUGGCAGCUGGGAUCACCCUGGAAACACUUGAGCAGCUAUUGCCGGGUGGAUUGUGUGUAAUGCGCAUGAUGCCAAACCUUCCGUGCAUGCUUCAGGAGGGAGCUAUGCUCCUGGCCUGUGGAGCAGGGGCCAGUCAGGAGACAGGAGCUCUGCUAAAGAACCUCCUCUCACCCUGCGGAUUGGUGGAGGUGGGGCCUGAAGCCUGGAUUGACGCCCACACGGGCCUGAGCGGUAGUGGCGUGGCUUUUCAGGUGUAUGUGUUUGCUGAAGCCCUGGCUGACGGAGCUGUUAAAAUGGGAAUGCCCUGUGCACUAGCUCAACGCAUAGCAGCCCAGACUAUACUGGGUGCGGGACUGUUGUUGCGUGACGCGGGGAAGCACCCAGCACAGCUGAGGGCAGAAGUAUGUACCCCUGGCGGGACCACGGCGUAUGGACUUCACGCACUGGAAAAGGGGGGGCUCAGGGCGGCUACCGUGGAUGCCGUGGAGGCAGCCACGGAAAGGGCACGGGAGCUGGGGCGCAAGUAGCCAAGAGGCAAGGAACAGGUGGAGCAACAUGCCUGGAGAGGGAGUUGUGCAGAAGUGAGAUAACAAAGGGAGAGACUGAAUAAGAUGCUAGUGUGUGAGGAAGAUGGAGGUAACGUAGGAGCAUGAAUGUUUGAGGCCUGCAUGACAAAAGGUACAGGCAAGAGGACAGAAAGGCAGUGAAACAAGAAAUGUGGAAAUUGUUCUGUUAUCUAUGCAGAAUGUCCAAUCACACAAGAAAUGAGAAGUGUCAUGAGAUUGCAUAUCCUGUGCACAGAUAAUGCAGUUCAAUUAAAUGUUCGCACCCAA